AGGCGGGGGUGAUAGGUACCGGAGGGUGGGAUCCUGCGCCCGGCGGGGCUUGACAGCUCCGUACUAUUGGCUGACACUAGAGGGGGAAACUCUACCUGUUACCUGAGAAAAGGAGUGCCAUUCGUCAUCAUCCGAUUCCAAAUCAGGAUCAAGUUUUCCUUCCUCCAGCAGUCCGGUGAGGUAGAAGUCGGCCAGGACCGCCUGGAGCUGAACGAGCGACUGGAGCAGGACUCCGAGCAUGGAGCCUAUCGCGGCGUGGAGCGAGGAGAGAGUCACCAAGUGGCUCCAAGGUCUGGAUGCUCCCACUGAUCAGUACCAGGUGUCGGAGUGGCACCUAUCAGGUCUGGACCUGCUCCAGUUGACGUCCCAGGAACUGGAGGCGUUGGGAGUUCAGAAGAUCGGACACCAGGAGCUGAUUCUGGAGGCUGUGGAGAAACUCUGCUCCCUGACUUACGGCAUGGGAGGAGAGAACCUGCGCAGUCUGACAGAAAAGCUGCGCGUCGUCGCCCACUCCCUGCCGAUGGCCAUCCAGGGCGGCUGGCGCCACAACAGCUACGACGGACGCAGCGCCACCAAGCUGCCGGCUGGCGUUCUGAAGAACGUCAUAGAGCUCAUCACGUCUGCCAGAGGCCUCUUCUGCUUGCUCAACAGAUAUCAGUUAUCCCAGCUCACCAGAUACACCUCUACUCAGAGCAUAUUCACCCAUUGUAAAAAUCUGGGAGACAUCGUCCACAAGGAUUCCACGGUCUACGAAAAGGAGAAGGACAUCAUAUCUGUUUGCCGUCAGCUGGUGGAGGUUUGUGAUGAGAUCCUGAACUCCAGCUCCGACUCGCUUCUGACCCAAACGGCUCAGCUGGAGAGCGUCAACCUGAUACCUGCUACACCUGGUGAUCAACUGGGGAUCGAGAUAACGUCCACCAGCUCCAGCAACCACUACGUGACGGGAACGGCUGCUGAGCCUUCCACUGAUGCCUAUUUGCGGGUCCUGUCUGGUGAUGAAGUGAUCCAAGUCAACGACCAGAUAGUGGUCGGUUGGAGCAGAGCCAAAGUUAUUAAGAAGCUGCGGGAGAAUCCCAGUGGAGUGACUCUGAUCAUAAAGAGGAUCCCGGGUUCGCUGCGGCGCAAGCAUUCGAUCCAGAUCACACCUGUGCAGGAGGAAGAGGAGGGACGAGUGAGUUUGGAGGAAGAAGAACCGGAGGACAAAGAGGCGAAUCAGAGGCACUCCAUAUUUGAGAGAGUAGCAGCUUCUGUCAGAUCCCUGUCAUUUAGGCGGACCAUUCAUGGGCCGGAGGUUCGGCAGAAGCCUAUGGGACAGGAAGAGUCUGAGUUGCCUUCUGAGCGGGAGCAGGAGAGGACCGUGACGUUAGCUGCAUUUCAGAACCAGUCGGGCAGGUUGUCUCCUCUGCUGGCGUCAGUGACUGAGAGUUCGGAUGUUUCGAGGCGCUCUCCAAAUCUCAGGAAAGACCAGACGCCGUCACCACGAAGUCCUUCGCCUUUUGACUUUGGCCUAGAAAGAAGCAGCGUCAGCUCCUUACCAGACAUGGUGGGGCACACGUCGAAUAAAGAAACCAAGAAGAGCUCUAAGAAAGGAAUGUCGACGGCUCUGAGCCGGCGCAGAAUCUCCUGCCGGGAUUUGGCUCAUCCCGACUGUGAUGGCUGGCUGUGGAAAAAGAGGAAGGAGAGCAGCGUCUUCAUCACCCAGAAGUGGCAGCGCUUCUGGUUUGUUCUGCAAGGACCCAGUCUGUAUUGGUAUAACACACAGCAGGAUGAAAAAGCUGAGGGUCUCCUAAAUAUAUCCAGCUACAACUUAGAGAGUGGUGGAGAGCACAAGAGAAAACACGUUUUCCAAAUGACCCAUAAGAAAUUUCAGAACUUCUUCUUCGCCGUUGACUCUGCCACCGACCUGAGCAAGUGGAUCAACAGUCUGAUUAUAGCCAUACAAAAGCACAAGAUGCUCCAGAAAGGUCCAGAUAGUGAAGAAGAAUGUUACAGCGAAACUGAAUCGGAGGGCGAAUCGUCUCCUUCAACUCGCAGGAAAAACAAGAAAGGUCAGUCUAACACUCUGCCUCGACCUAAGGGGAAAAUCAGCAAGCCGUCAUUACCGACUUCUUCAACAGAGGGCAGCAAAGAUGCUGGCACUGUGGAUGAGAUGGGGAGGAUGUUUAACAACCUGAAGGAAGGAGGCGUUUCUCUGAUUGGCCAUGAGCAGCCGUUCACGCAGGACCACUUCAGGAAGUCGUUCAUCCGGCGCAACAAGAACCCGGUCAUCAACGAGAAGGUGCACACGCUGCGGGCCCUGCAGAGCACGCUGAAGGCAAAAGAAGCCGAGUUGCUGCAGAUCAACAAGCUUUUGGACGAGUCGGACCUGACAGCGUCCAAGUACCGGCGGUGGAAGGAUCAGAACGAGGAGCUGGUUUCAGAAAUCGAGAAGCUGGCAUCGGCAGGGGGUAGCAGGGACGUCACUCCAGCGGGCGGCAGCAGGGACGUCACUCCAGCGGGGGGCAGCAGGGUCGUCGCUCCGGCGGGGGGCAGCAGGGACGUCGCUCCGGCGGGGGGCAGCAGGGACGUCGCUCCGGCGGGGGGCAGCAGGGACGUCGCUCCGGCGGGCGGCAGCAGGGACGUCACUCCGGCGGGGGGCAGCAGGGACGUCGCUCCGGCGGGGGGCAGCAGGGACGUCGCUCCGGCGGGGGGCAGCAGGGACGUCGCUCCGGCGGGCGGCAGCAGGGACGUCGCUCCGGCGGGGGGCAGCAGGGACGUCGCUCCGGCGGGGGGCAGCAGGGACGUCGCUCCGGUGGGGGACGGCGAGGACGUCGCUCCGGUGGAAGGCGGUGAGAACGUCGCUCUGGCGCAGGACACACCUGAGGCUGUCGCCUUGGAAACGGUUGCUACGGAAACAGCCGCUGCAGAGACGGAGGGCGCAUACAGACUGAGCCUGAGCGACGGUGAGCAGCUCGUCGACUCGGAGCUGUCUGAUGUUCUCCUGGAGAUCCCUGGGGAAUCUCAGAUUACCGAGUUGAGCCCGAUGCUGGACCUGUCUGUGGGAUCUCUAUCGGACUCCAUAAACAAUCAGCUGCGCAUAAAUGCAGAAGGCAGAGACGAUGGUGAUCCUUACUUCUACAUCUAGAACCUCACCAGCUCAGUAAAGCUCGUUUGUUGUUGCCCGAUGUUUUCCACGGAGCUGUCGAACAGGAUCAGAACAAUAUCAUGUUCUGAUAUUCAAGGAUCUCUAAACAUUGCCUCUCAGUCAAAGGCUGCAUCCUUAAAGACUUUAUUCUCUUGUUAUAUGAGAAACAAAAUCUGCCAAGUGUUCAGCGCAUAUUUAUGAAAUUCUGAAAUAUAUUAGAUUUUGCAUUAUUUUAAAAUUUUCUUGUAGGUCAUGCCUUUUUCAUAUGUUGUGUAAAUAUUUUCCCAUAAUUACUGUUUUCAUUGGUUAACUCGCAGUACCUUAAUAAAGGUAUAAAUGGAAAACAUUUGAUGGAACGUUUCCAUCAGAGCUGCAGCUGCUGCUCCAGCUGGUCGAAGCUUUUUCAGCUCUCAUGUCUGUGAUUCACUUCACCUCUUCUGUGCGCUUGCUGAUGAACUCUUCGUCAAACUGACUGUCUGGAUGAGCAGUGAAUGAAGCAGUGAAGGUCUCUCCAUGCAGGUUUGAAAGAAUAAAGAGAAUUUAGAUCCAAUAUAUGCAAGUAUUUUUCAGUAAAUUGAAAUAUGAUGAAAAAGAAUUGAAAAGUGAAACUUGUACCCGGAUGGGUGCAUUUUAAGUAUCUAUUUGUGUUAAUUUUGACACAGAUAAUAAAAAUCAAAAAUUCAGCAUGAGCUAAAUUUCCAAAUGAAAUCCAAAAUGAACUUUUAUCUGAGAAGGGGUGUUUGCACCACUAAACAACAGUCUGUUGUUCCUCAUAUUGACUCUUGCUAAGGAGUUGCUGUCCAUGUUCUGGAUCUGCUCCAAACUCUUGAAAGAGCUGCUUCACAAUCUUCUGUUUUACCACAUUUUUCCUUCCACCAAACUUUCCGUUGAUUUGUUUUGAUCCAGCAGCUUGUGACAAUCCGGUUUCUUUAGUAGUGAUCUUUUUGUGGCUGAUGCUCCUUCUGGAUGGUUUCACUAACUGUGAAGUCGCAAUCUGAUAAUUACAGCAUUCCUGCAUAGGAAGUCAAUUUUUAAAUUGGUUUCAUGAAAUAUUCUGAUUUUCUGAGAACACAAAUACAUUAAGUUUUUCUUAGCUGUGCAAAAGUAAAUAUUUAUCAGUCAUUGUUUGAUGAAUUUAUAACAUAGUUUUAAAAUAUUAUUUAAAUUACUGAAGAAAAUACAAGCUGCAUAUUAUCAAUGUGACUCAGAGCAGUAUGACUGACAAUCAGUAGUAAAUGUUUUGUUUAUGUCAGGCUCCAUUCAAUGUUUACUUCUAUUCUUCCUACAUCUGUCCUCUAACAACAAAAAUAAAAUGUUUUUAAUUCUCUGCUUA